AUGCCUCCCAAGCGGAAGACGGCAGCAGGAGCAGCAGCAGCCGCAGCAGCCGCUGCCGGCGGCGGGGGGCGGGCGGCGGGCGGCGCAGAUGGCCUCGUCUACCGCCACUGCUUCCUGCAGGCCAUCAUGGGACGGCAGUACCUCAAGGAGAGCGACGCCAAGGAGCUGUACCGCCAAAUCACCGGCGCCGCGCACGACGGCAACUACCUGCACUUCAUGGCAGACAUCAACCAGCAGCUCAACUUUGCGCAGUUUGAGCUGCGGCGCGUGAAGUAUCCAGGCGACGGCGAGUGGUACCUCGGGUUUGUGAACCGCGAGGGCGAUGAGCCCAGCAAGCGGGCGACCAAGUACCGGGGCGCCAAGGACGGCAAGCCCGACACACGCAUCACAGCCUACUUCCGCGCACUGCUUGACCAGAUGGUUGCAUCCUCAGCGGCGGACCAGGGGCUUGGUUACCUGACCUCGCAGCAGGCGCUGUACAUACAGAUCAGCCCGGAUGCGGCCACGCAAGCAGAGGAAGAGGAGGCGGCGGCGGUGCGGCAGCAGGCGGAUGAGGUGCGCAAGCUGUCCAUGAAGGAGCGGGAGACGGUGCUGGCGCAGCUGGCGACAGACGGCUGGCUGGCGCACAUGCCCAGCAGGGCGGGCUGCUACACGCUCGGGCCGCGGUCGUUCCUGGAGUUGGCGCAGGCGCUGGAGGGCAUGGUGCACUGA